UCGGAUCCAACUGUCUCCAGAUAGUUGACUUACAUCUGGAUGUUUAACUUCGAGUUGGAAAGGAUCCCUGGAAACAAGAAUAGAGCAGAUGGGUUAAGUCGCAUCGACUGGGACCAGCAGAAGGAGAAGGCAGUAGAGACUACACCCCCAGUUGAUGGGUUCCUGGAUCAAGAGGAAGACAUCCGUCUUCACAUAAAUGAAUGGUCUUUGCGAGUGUCGAAUUGCGUUGGCCAUCCCAUCUGGCUUGCCCCCAAGGGGUAUGAACAGAAGGCAGAGCUUGUGCUCAAGCCCUUUGAGGGAGAGGACCUAUGGGGCGGCAAAGAUGUCCAAUGGAUGAUGAAAUUGGCACUAGCAGGCAUGCAUAGUCUGGUGGAGGAGGUAAGAACGAUAGAGGAAGGGCCAGACCAGGUAGAGAAGCACGAGGAAUUGAUGGGAGGAAUGUACCUCCUCGUCAAUACACUUUUGCAGGGAAACUUUGAUCAGAUAAGCUCGCUGAAUCCAGCUGAAAAUGAAUAUAUGGUGCCAGAAAGCCAGGAUGAUGAGCUUGAGGAGGGAGAGAUCAAAGAAGCAUUCCGUGCAGAGGAGUAUGAUGGAAUCUACCUGGAGCUGGGACUUCUCCUAUCGUGUGAAAUGCGGGAUAGGGAUGGAAGUGAAAGGGCUCAAAAGAUUAGGCAUCUCUAUUUGCAAAUUGAUGUCUCUAUCAAAAUGUCUCCUUUGUGGAAACUUUUUGAGGUCCAUUGCUUGACUGAGAAUAUGCGGAUCUUAAGCUUAGGGGAUGAUGCAAUGACGCGAAUGUAUGACGUGUUUUUGAUGCGUAUUGGGAAUGGUGAUCAUAUUCGUUUUGUUCCUAACGAACCUGCCAUGGUCAAACUGCCGCAUGAGAUUUGCACUGAUAAACUUAUUCGUGAUUUGAUUGCCUGGAUGUUUGAGGAUGUCUGUGAACACGUUGGGGAUGCUGACUAUUUUUACACUCGAUUGAUUCUCUGCGCUACUAAUGACAAUGUGGGGUGUGUUAAUGACAUGGUUCUCAACGAUUUCCCUGGCGAGGUUCUGAGAGCACUUCGCACGAUCCUUGCUGAUGUGCUUUUCGGCGAUGAUCGUGAUCCGUGUUUGAAGUCCCAACGUGGUGAAGAUUAUGCUUCGCCGUCCAAUGUGGGAACGCCCAUCGUCACUGCUUCUAUAGUUGUUUCUACUUCGCCUGCCGCUAUGUUUACUCCAUCUCCUGCUCCUUGCGUUGUCCCCGCUCCUGUCUCACCAGCUUCACAACUGCAUGUCUGUAUAGGAGGUUUGCCAGAAGUCACUCCUUCUACUUUUGAUAUUGCCGUCUAUGAGUCUCUUGCAUCCGUUGGUCUCAAAAAAGUGCAUGCGCAUCUCUCCUAUCUUGAUAACUCUCACAGGCUUGACUUUACGAAGACAACCAUGCCGAGAGGAGGGAGGGGGACGUGGCCGCCACGGAGGCCAUUGGGAGCAUUGGGAGGUUAUGAGCGGCAUGGGACACGCCAUAGGGAGCACACGCUCGUAUACGACGACGGGGAUAUAGAGCUCUUCUUGGAUGACUUCAGAGGGCAUGCGGAGCACAUGGGAUGGACAGUGACGCAAAUGAUUGAGAGACUGAGAGGAGCCGGUAGGUUCGAGGAGCCCAUCGCACGGAUCCGUACGAAGGCAAGGCCAUUGGGAGCAUCGGGAGGUUAUGAGCAGCAUGGGACACGCCAUAGGGAGCACACGCCCGUAUACGACGACAGAGAUAUAGAGCUCUUCUUGGACGACUUCAGAGGGCAUGCGGAGCACAUGGGAUGGACAGUGACGCAGAUGAUUGAGAGACUGAGAGGAGCCGGUAGGUUCGAGGAGCCCAUCGCUCAGAUCCGUAGGGAGGCAAGGACCUGGCCAGAGGUGGAAAUGAGGAUGCAGGAGCUAAGACCAUCGCCUGUGGGGCCAGAUGGCAGGCCAAUCUGCCUGGAGAUUGGGAAUGUGGAGGACUUCAUCCCCGCUUUCGAGCAGUUUAUGCACGAUCAGCGCAUACUGAGGGAUGAGUGGGCGCGGACGUUACCCCUAUGGACUAGAAAGGUGGAGAGACCAUUGGCCAGACAGAGGAGCAAGAGGCAGAGGGACCUUGAGCCCAGACAGGAGUUGGAGGCACAUCUAGACGUUUCACAGUGGAGAGUGUCGCCGACUAGCAAGAAGCGUGGUGAGCCGGCAGAGGGGCUACCUCGAGAGGAGGUUCGCGAGCCAGAGCGAGAGACAAGGCAGGAUGCUGAGGAAGGGCAUGCUAUGGGAGAGGUGAUAGAGGUUGAGGAUACCCCACCUCAGGCGCGUGCUGCAGAGUUGGGGCCAGAGAUCGUACCAGAGAUCGCCCACGAGGAGGGGAGAGAGCCUCGGCAGGAGGAGAGUCCGUCCCCGCAGCCAAAAGCAACCCUUUCACCGGGGGUGAGGAUGGAGAUGGAGCGAAAACUGACUGACUGGAGAAGUGAGGUCAUCUCCACGAUUGAUAGGUAUCUGGCUGCGCAUGGAGCCUGUGCCUAUGGAGCCACCGCAAGAGCCACGCCAGCCAGAGAGGGAGACGGGCGCCGAGAUUCCGGAGAAAGUCGACCAUCGCACAAGAGGGAGAGUACUGGCACGGGAGACAACCGAGGAGAGACGGGCCAGAGUUGGAAAGCGCGUGGAGGAGAAUUGGUAGGAAAGGCAGAGAUUAGAGGUGGCGGAGCACUUCCGGAUCAGCCACCUUACGCGGCCUCUAAACCAUGUGGGAUCAAGGAGAUGUGGGACAAGUUUUUUGGGCAGCAUGGCGAGGGGUUGGCAACUCCUGAGAGGGCAGGACUCGGGACAUCGAGGACGGCAGAUGAGUACUUGGACCGUAAGAUCCGCUUUCUGGCCAAGACAUCUUUCAAUAGGUGUCUGAUGUUGGAAGAUGAUCUGGCCGGAAAGAGGAUGAAGGAAGCGAGCGAUGGAGUGCGUUUGGAGGUGGUUGAGGCGGAGGAGGAGGCAAGUCUGUUUUCGCCUGAGCAGAGGGUGGAGGAACCUCAUGAGAGAGAGAUGGUGAUUGCGAUGGAGAGCUUCAUCGAGGGUAGGCCACAGAGGUUGGAUACACCUGAGUAUAGGCCAGAGGGAGUUGGAAUACGGAGGGAGUUGAAUACUCAGGAGUUAGAGACGAGACCUGAGGAGCCUAUGGGUAUGCCCCAAUCCUAUGAGGUGGCCAGAGAGGCUAGCGAGGCACCCUCAUCGCCAGGGUCCCAAAAGAAGAGAAGGAGAGGCCGAAAAUCAGGAGACUUGUCUUGUUUCUUCUGCAAGGAUGGGGAGCAUAGGGCCUUGCAGUGUCCUAAGUUUCUCAAGGACAAGGCAGCAGAGAAGGUUACUGAGAGAGGUGGUCGGAUGUAUGACAGGCAGGGUAGAGUGGUAGAGCGGACUGCCGAUGGGGGUAGAGCUCAGUUGUACGGGCAGAACCAGAAGGAGAUGAGUGAGUAGGGACUGGUUCGCCUAUGUAUCGAUAGCCACUAUGACAUAG